GAAGUACAAACUAUCAAGGUCCUCGAAGACAAAUUUUCCCGAGCUCGUGUAUUAAUCUGCCACUUCCAUGUCCUCAAAUACUUUCGGACCGUUACAGCGAAUGCGAAAUACGGCCUCAAUCAUCAAAGACAGAGUGAAGUCUUAAUAGCAGUUCAAGACAUGGUAUACGCCAAGGAUGAAGAUACGUACGUCGAAGCUCGUGAUUCGAUGUUAUCCAUGGGUGAUGAUGGCGUUCACCCGUUUGAGGCCUACUUCAUAGCAAAUUGGGACGAAUGCAAGAAACGCUGGGUGACUUGUUACCGCAAUGAUUGCCCGCACCUGGGAAAUCACACUAACAACCGCUUGGAGUCCGGCUGGGGAAAGUUAAAGCCUGAGUUAAACAUGCAGAUGCCGCUGGAUGAGAGUAUCUCUACGGUACUCACUAUACAGCUUCUCAAAGAGAAAGAAUUAUCCCGGCAAAUGGCUGACAUCGGGACUGUCGUGAACAGAUCUUACGACAGUGAAAUGUUGAACGUGCUACGCAUUGCGUCCCAGCAUGCCGCAGAACUUAUUCAAGAGCAAUAUCUACACGCAAUAAAGCAUUCGACACAAGUCGAUUUCAUAGAAGAUCGUCCAGGUCAUUACCUUGUGUCGCGAGAUAGUGCCGGGGAAUACAAGUACGCACUUGAUGCCAUCAGCUGGACGUGUUCCUGCUUGUUUUCGAGAACGCGAUUACAACCGUGCUAUCACGCAAUGUAUUUAAGAAGACAGGUAGCCUCUACAUUUACAAUCUUCACGUUUGAACGAUAG